CCCACCGCUUUCCCCUCAAUCUUUCCCCAAGAUUCCACCCUCAAAAAUUUCCGAUCUCCCGAUGCGCAACUCCGGCGCCACCGCCGCCUCGGCACCUCCCGCCGGCAUGUACGGCUCCUACGCGGCACCGCCCGCCUCCUCCGGCGGCUACGCCAAGAUCCCCACCUACCCGACCCCGCCCUCCUCCUACCCCAACCCAACCCACGUCCCGCCCGCAUCGCCCUCGCCCUCCGCCCCGGCCCCGAUCCAGGACCCGACGGCGCCGCCCUCCUCGCUCGCCAAAGCCGCCGAGCUCGUCACCCGGUUCCGGGAGCAGGGGUACGCCCUGGUGGCCGCGCGCCGGCCCUGGGGCGAGGUCUUCCGCACCCCCGCCUUCUCCAGGCCGCCCAACCUCGGGGAGGCGGUGGCGCGGAUGCGCCGCAACGCGGCCUACUUCCGCUCCAACUACGCUCUCGCCAUCCUCGCCGCCGUCGCCGCCUCGCUGCUCUGGCACCCGGGCACGCUCUUCGCGCUCCUCGCGCUCUGCGCCGCCUGGUUCUUCCUCUACUUCGCGCGCCCGUCCGAGCCGGGCCAGCCGCUCCGGAUCCUCGGCACCGAGUUCGACGACGGCACCGUCCUCGCCGCGCUCUCGGGCGUCACCGUCGUCGCGCUGCUCUUCACCGACGUCGGCUGGAACAUCGUCGGCUCCGUCAUGAUCGGGGUCGCCCUCGUCGCCGCGCACGCCGCGCUCAGGUCCACCGACGACCUCUUCUUGACCGAGCAGGAGGCCGCCGGCAACGGGAUCAUGGCCGCCGGCAUCAGCGCCGCCGGACCCAUCUUGCCCACCUACGUCCGCAUUGCUUGAUUCUGUGCAGCUUUGGCGUGGUGUGAUGGCGCCCAAGAUUUGGUACUACCAUAUCUUUUCAGCGUUCUUGGUGUUUUUGCUUGCAACUGCCUGUCCAUUAUCUGUUAUGUAUAGCACAGUACCUACUUGUUCUUCCGUGGACAUGUAAAAAUUCUAGAUUGGCUUGUCAUUAAUUUUAGACUCAUUGUAAUGUGUGCAAUCAUACUAUGAACAUAUACUGCUGUUUUCUUGUUGAGUUGGCAAUUGGUACUGUCCAUGUUUUUCAUUUGUAUAAAGCUGUUAUGUUGGUAA